AGGUUUUGUUUCUAGCCGAACCACAAAAACAGUUGCACCUUCAGUACAGUUAGCUAGCAUUUGACAUUUCUGUUUUGCCGAUGGACUGAGAUCAGCCAGUAAAGAUGCUACUGAAAGAUCUGCCCAGAGAAGCCUUGAUGAGGCCCCUUUCCAGGAAUGAAGUGAUUGGGAUGUUGGUGAGGCUGAGCAUCUUUGGUGCUGCUACAUACUACAGCAUCAAAUGGGUUGUGGACGCCAUGGACCCCACCUCUAAACAGAAGAGCCAGGCCAAAAAAAGGGCAGAAGAGCUGAUGAGGAGGAUCGGCGUCGAAGGGGUCAAACUGACAGAGUACGAGAUGAACAUUGCAUCUCUCUUAGUCGAUCCCCAAACUAUCAAGGUGUCCUGGAGAGAUAUAGCAGGUCUGGAUGACAUUAUUAACGAGCUGCAGGACACCGUUAUACUACCCUUUCAGAAAAGACACCUUUUACCUGAAUCUAAACUCUUCCAGCCUCCUAAAGGAUUAUGGUCGACUACAGAGCAGCAGAAACGAGCCGUGAGCUACGGGCCUGGUCCAGGAACCCCGGCGGAGGGGGGCAGGAGCCAGCGGGGACAGAGUGAACAAACCCGACCCAGUGAUGGUAGCCUGGACACAGGCGGUACUAAUACAAGGCAAAGAGAAGACAUCCUCCGGCUGGUUCUAGCAGGAGAAAAUCUUAGUAAUGCCAUAAAUCUGAAAGAGAUUGCUGAGAAGACCGAAGGAUACUCUGGCAGUGACCUCCGGGAGCUUUGCCGCGAUGCCGCCAUGUACCGGGUCAGGGAUUAUGUCCGCAAGGAGCAAAUGAGGCAGAUCGCACAGCAGCUGCAGGACUAUGAGGAGGAGGAAAGGCCUGUUGAUGAGGAUCGGCUCAGGCCUGUGACCCAGCUGGACCUCCUCUUCGGCCUUGACAAGAUGAAGGAAUCCAAGCAGGCCACAUCCGUCAUCCUACCGCGGGUAGCAGAGGUCCCUCUGGACUGAACGCUGCUGUUUGGGGAAAAUGCCAUUCAUUUUUACUUUCGGUUUUCACUUUACGUUCCAACUCUGAGAGCAGACCAGCUGUAGAACGUGCCUUUUCAAAGGGUAAAAUGCAAAAAUACAGUUUUUCUGACUUCCUCAUUGUGUGGCAAAAUGCAGCAUCCAUGCAAUGAGGUGGAAUAUAAGAGACUCUGCAAAACUGACUGGUAACUUGCAUGAGACAGAGCUGUCAAUCAUUGUUUGUUGAGGAGCACAAAGGGAUGGUCAUCAACAUUUUAGAUAAGGUCAAAUGACAUUAACUUCCCUGAUAGGUGGUCAGAAGCAGAGCAGCUAAUAAACACAUAACCUGCAGGGCAUGGUGGCCCUCGGAGCAGAGUACUCCCCCACAUGGUUUAAUUUAUUCCCAGGACAGGAUUAUCUCCUUAAAUUGUCAGACGGAGUGCAGAUCCAUCAAGAAAAAAGGAAUUAUAAACAGUAUUUUGAAGACAAUUGCUUUUCAGCCUUAGUGUUGUUCUAUCAAGUGUGCUCACAUUUUUAUUUUAUUUUUUCAUGGGUUGCAUCUUUAUUUUCAUCUAGUAAAUCCAUGCAUUUAUAGUCUAGUUGUAAGCCAGCAUGUGGGAUCUAAAGCUUUGCUCUCAAGGAGGUCUGAUCUAAACGUUUCUUAUCAAAUAAUUAUGCUAGGUAACAUUUUUGGCCUGAAUUGGCCAAAAAAAAAGUGUCUAAUGGUUUGGUUUUAAUAAUGCUUUUGUGCAUAUGUCUUGAGAUGAAAACUGAGCCAAAUGUAGUUCACAAGAAGUUUUUAAUGAAAAUCAGCCAUGAUAUAAACCAAGGCAGCAUAUAAAUAUCAAACUCCUCAACAGUUUAUUAGGCUGUAAUAAAAUGCUUAGUCAUAUCGUUUUUUUUAUUUGUUGUUUUUUUUUUUACAGAAAAGAUAAACUUUUAGUCGAGAGGUUUCAUUCAAACUAGGCAUGGGCCAGUUAGUUCUUUUAAAAAUAACUUUUAAUUUUCCUACAGUUUAAAAUGCUUUUUAUUGAGAUUCGAAAGAAGCUGAGAGGAGAUUUCUGGGCUGAGCACUGCUUCAGCUGGCUGAAAGAAGAAAGAUCUUGCUGUGUAAAGACAUUGUGGGAAAACAUGUACUGUAAUCAUCAUGCUCAUUUGCAAACCACUUAUAGCAGGAAUCAUUGUUGUUAUUCUGUUUUAAAUUAUUUUCCCAGGAUUUUGAAUUGAACAUGGGUUUCCUCACUCAAUAAAGUGUAGUUUUUAUUAAGCCUUUUAAAUUUUUUUUUUUUUGCCAUAUAUUUUUUGUUUUUCUAGUAAGUUGGAGCCUCAUCUGUGGCCAUCUGGUCACAGUAUGUGUAAAAUGGAUCCACUGUGGUUGUUAUGCAGCUGUUUCUCUUGCUUAUGCACUGAGUGAAUCGGGUCAUCCUUAUUAUUCACCCAUGUGGUGGCGCUGUAGAUUCACUAUCCUGUUACAGAGGCAGCUGUUACAUUGCUUUUAUUUAGAGCCAUGUUAUUGCACUAUUGGAAAUAAAUGAAGUGCUGUGUUGUUUCUCCCUUAUUGGUUUAUCCAGUGAUGUUGAGACAUCUGUUGCUCUUCAUUAGAGAACCUCAGGUGACAGUUAAAGGUCAGAAUGAUGCCAUGUGAGCCACCGCUGCUCGUGAGCUUAAGAGAAAUCUCAAAACGUUUUCUCUCGGUGCAAUAUCAUUGAUGAGAUCCCAUCAGUUAUCAGCGUAGACACUCCCCAUUAAUAUAAAAUGAUAAGAAUAUAAGAAUGUCUGUAUGUAUUCAAUGUGAAGUUAAAUUGUUCUGUAAAUCAUAUUUAUUAAAUUCUGUUUAU